UAAGUAGCCGUGGUGGGAUAUUCUAAUCUGUUGUUGAAUGUCGAAGGCUCCGUGGAAUUGUGACUGCGGUCGUUCCGAUCCGAUAAUAUUUAAAAAAAGAAAAAACGAAAGAUUCGCUUGCAAUUGUGGUUGGGAAGGAAAAUUCAUUUACGGUGUUUCCCUUACCUUGGCUAUCUUUGAAAUGAAACGCUUUUUCAUGUUGUUAUUGGAGAUAAUAGCUGAAUGGCAAGUGAUUCGAUUCGCUGGUGGUUUACGUCCUGUUAUUCUCACCUUGCUCGACAUUAUCGUUGGCUUGCCAACAGCUAUGUUAGCUGUUCGUAUUAUACGCAAAUACAAAAUCCCGCGAUGUUGUUCGAAACCUAAAAAAUUAUUUAAAUGCCUUUUGUUCGUAAUAACGAUGUGCGUUCUCCUAAACAUCAUGACCCUUAUCUCGAUUGGAUAUCACAUUAGCGUAAAACAGGAAACUCUUGUAAAUAUAUUCAACGCUUCUAUGCACCUUUACGUCAAUAUGGCGUCGUACAAAUAUGCAAUAGAUGAGUUACAACUUGUGUUCCAAUGUUGCGGGCAUACUUCUUACACCGAUUGGUUUCUUUUCGAUUGGCAGAUGGCAGAUUAUGCAUCACGUGACGAAAUGAUUUAUGAUAAUAAAAUAUCUGAUGAAGAGUUUCGAGAUCGCGGAGUACCAUUUAGUUGCUGCAGUUUACGUUCGAUGACACCAUGCGUACAUGCCGAGAUGAUGGAUAAGGAUAUUAAAAGUAUCAAUGAGAAUGGCUGUGCGGAAGUUAUCAGUCCAGUUAUAAUUAGGAUCGUUGUAAUCGCAUAUGUCAUGACUACCACGUUGAUCGUCACGCAAGCUCUAUUAGCUUUUUUAAUCGCAAGAAUGAUCGAUAGAUUUUCCGAAAGAGUAAGAUUUCCUGUUUCUUCUUUAAGCUCAAUGGAUGGAUCUACCUGCUUCCUUACAGAAACAAAUAGCUCGAGUAAAAAGAAAAACGAUCGUUAUAUUACUUCGUCGAUUUACAAAUGUGUACCACGAGAUAAAACAAAGUCUGGACAAAAAGGGAUGAAGAUAAAACGUUUAUCUCUUGUAAAGAACGAUUCUACAAGAAGAAAGAAAAGCCGACAAAAAUCAUUGAAUUCUUCUAUAUCACGAUGUAGUUCUCCUAUUAUAGAAUGCACUAUCGAAAAUUCUGAAGUAGCGAGAAUAAAACCGAGUACUCAUGAGGAACAUAGGAUAUCAAGGAAACGUUUGUUGACCAAACGAAUUCGUUGAAUUUGUUAACUUCAUUAUAUGCACUUUCU